AUGGAGUCCGUCGCCAAGAUCUCGAGUCUCAUGGAGACGGCGAGAGAGCUCACCCUCGAUGCUGCCCAGGCGACGCGCAAUAUGCGUACGAGCUCACGGCCCAUGGAUCGAAACCAGAUGCGGAAGCUUCUCGACAGUAGGAAUGAAAGGGAGGUACUCGAGGGGCUGCGGCGCGUGAUGUCGAUGAUGUACAAGAACCAGAAGACACUCCCCUUCUUCUCAAACGUGGUCAAAAACGUCGCCUCGCCCAACCUUGACAUCAAGAAACUCGUCUACAUCUAUCUGAUCCGCCAUGCCGAGCAGGAGCCCGACCUGGCCCUGUUGUCCAUCAACACGAUACAGAAAUCCCUCUCCGACUCGAACCCCCAGGUGCGCGCCCUCGCCCUCAAGACCAUGUCGGGCAUCCGCGUCCCCGUCAUCAGCCAGAUCGUCUCCCUGGCCAUCAAGAAGGGCUCCGUCGACCUCAGCCCCCACGUCCGCAAGGCCGCCGCCCUGGCCAUACCCAAGUGCUACCGUCUCGACCCCAGCCAGGAGCCCCAGCUCGUCGAAUACCUGGCUACCCUCAUCGGCGACAAGCAGUACUACGUGGCCGGCGCCGCCGCCUCGGCCUUCCUCGAGAUCUGCCCCACCCGCAUCGACCUGAUACACAAGCACUACCGCGGCUUGGCUCGCAAGAUUGUCGACAUGGAUGAGUGGAGCCAGCUGUCCCUGAUGAGGCUCAUGUCCUACUACGCGCGGAGCUGCUUCCCUCGGCCACAGACGGACACGACGACGGAGGCCAGUGGCGGCUCCGCCAAGGAGAGCAUAGACGACUUUUACGGCCAAGCUGCUGCUGCCGCCGGCUCGGGUGCCUCGCCGUCGUCGCUGGACCCUGACCUAGUCCUCCUGCUCAACGGGAUCCAGCCACUACUCCAGAGCCGCAACUCGGCCGUCGUCGUCGCCGUGGUCAGAUGUUACGUGGAGAUUGGCACGCCCGAGUAUGUUAGGCACGCCGUUGGCCCGCUGGUGGCGCUGCUUCGAAGCGCCCCCGACAUCCAGCAGGUGGCCCUGUACAACAUUGUGUCGGUGUGUCUGAUGCGGCCCAAGGACUUUGUCAGGUACGCCAGCCACUUCUUGGUGCGGGCAACGGACGCCGAGCCCGUGUGGGAGCUCAAGCUAGAGGUGUUGGCCAUCAUCUUUCCACACAGUCCGCUGCACGUCAAGAGUCUGAUCCUCAAGGAGCUGGAACACUUCUCACAGGGGACCGACAAGGCUCUGGUGCGGGAGGCAGUGCGUGCCAUCGGCCGCUGCGCCCAGUCGGAUUCCAAGACGGCUCCCCGCUGCCUACGGCUCCUCCUGGGUCAGAUCACCAGCCUCGACGGUACCCUGGCGGCCGAAUCGCUGACUGUCAUCCGGCACCUAAUCCAGCAGGACGCCGAGGGUCACGUCGGCACCGUGGUACGCCUGGCCAGGAACCUCGACUCGGCCACGGAUCCGCAGGCCCGCGCCACCAUCAUCUGGCUCGUGGGUGAGUUCUCAGGCAUGAAUGGCGAGGACAACAUCGCCCCGGACGUUCUGCGUAUUCUUCUCAAGGGAUUCGCCAACGAGUCCGAGGCGGCCAAGCAGCAGAUCCUUCUCCUGGCCGCCAAGGUGUACCUUCAUUACGUGAACCGUAAAGAGGAGGCAAAGGGCAACAGGAAACGGGAAGAGAGAGAGGAGGCUCAGGAUGACGUUGAUGGCGAGCUCUCCUCGCAGCAGAAGGACAACGAUGAGAUCGACGACGAACACCCCGUCGCCCGUCUAUGGGAGUAUGUACUUCUGCUCGUCCGCUACGACACGUCGUACGACCUGCGCGACCGCGCGAGGAUGUACCGCGCCCUCCUGGCUGUCCCGCAGCUCGCCACGCUCAUGCUGCUGGCGCCGAAACCGGCACCCCAAGCCCCCAGCCCGUCCGAGUCGCGCAGGGGCUUCCUCCUGGGAUCAUCUACCCUUGUGCUCGGCGGCGGCGGCGGCCUCCAUGGCAUCCCCGGAUACCAACCGCUGCCCGACUGGGUAAGACCAGGCCAGGAGCCCGACCCCAGGCUGCGCGAUUCAGAACAGCACCUCAACACUGCUAGGUACGGCGACAACGGCGACAGCGGCAGCAGCAGAGUUGCCACUCCGGCAGGUGAGAUGCUCGAUGAUGCUGCCAGGAGCCACCCCAUGAAGGCGAAUGGAUCGUCUCAGGGAGAAGGCGUGGGUACCAAGACGUUAGACGACUGGCUGGCAGAGGAAGAGGAGGAGGAGAGCGAAGAGACGGAAGAGGAAGAAGAAGAAGGAGAGAGCGAGGAGGAGAGUGAAGAGGAAAGUGAGGAAGAGGAGAGUAGCGAUGACGAAGAGGGUGACAGGCUGGUCAAAUCGUAG